AUGGCUGCCAUUGUUUCCCAAGUUCUGAACCAGCAGGGUUCGAUCAUCAGUGAAGAGGUGAAGCAACGUGGGAGGCUCGUUGUGGGUGCAGAGAAAGAUGUCAAGAAGCUCACUUCUACUUUCACCACCAUUGAAGCUCUGCUGCUGGAUGCAGAGGAGAGGCAAAUGAAGGAUGAGAGCGUCCGAGACUGGUUGAAGAAGCUCAAGGAUGUGUCCUACGAGAUCGAUGAUGUGCUGGACGAGUGGAGAACCGAGAUCCUCAAGCGUCAGCUCGAGGGAGACUAUGAUGUUCUUCGACAUGGCUGCUUGGAGUUGAAGUUGCUUCAGAUCUUCAUGUCCUGA